ACCAAUUUCUGUAGUGAGACGGCAGUUUGACAAAGAGCUUCAUGACCGCCAGUCGUCUCACUCACUUACGUCCGCCAGGAUGGCCCCACUGAGCCGCCUCGCGUUUGUGCUGUUCACGCUCUGCGCUCUGUGCCGACUCUCCUUCCCCUUCGCUAUGGAUAAGCUGGCUGACGCCAAGCUCUGCGUGGAUGAGGAAUGCUCACGUACAAUUUCCGUGGCGAGGGUCAUCGAGGACUUCAUAGCUCCAGAUUGCAGGUUUAUCAACCUCAGGAGGGGUCAGACGGUGUAUGUCUAUUCCAAACUGGUGGCAGAAGAGGGCACAGGUGUCUUCUGGUCUGGAAGUGUCUACAGUGACAGGUAUGUGGACCAGAUGGGAAUUGUCGGCUACUUCCCCAGCAACCUGGUGAAAGAGAUGCAUGUGUUUGAGAAGGCAGAGGUCGAGGUUCCCACUGAGGCUGUUGACUUCUACUGUAUUUGAAUCUCAAAGCAGGAAGUAACGAGAAACUGCCUUACAAUUCAUACUGUAUUCUUUCUCCUUUUUCUGUGUCUUGUAUUUCCUUUAAUCUGCCUUGGGAAAAGGGAAGGAGCAGAACCCUGAAGCCGGGAGUCUGUCUCCGACGUGCAUCACCUUUUGCUUUGAUAUACAUCCUGCAUUCAUAUAAAUAUAUAAUGUGACUUUUUUUUCCAAUAAAAUGUGUUGCCCAUUUGGAAA